CAUUCAUCCAGGGAAGGACCGCUGUUUUAGAGUGUGCUGAAGAAAUACAGAAACGUGAUCAGAUAGAAUGGAGGUUUAACUAUAAGAAGUUUCCCAUAGCUGAAAUCAAAGAUGAGCAGAUCUCUACAUAUGCUGGUCCUGAUGGGAUGUUCAAAGACAGUUUGGAGCUGGACAAGAAAACUGGAUCUCUGACCAUCAAGAACAUCAGUCAAGAACAUGCUGGGUUUUAUCAACUAAAGAUCAUGAAUAGCAGAUCAGCAGCCCGUGUCAAAACAUUCAUUGUUUCUGUCAAUGCGGAGAAAGUGGGAAUCGUGGAUGGAAGAGCAGCUGUUUUAAAGAAUAGUCCAGAAAUACAGAUUGAUGAUCAUAUAGAAUGGAAGUUUAAUGAGUCUCUCAUAGCUGAAAUCAAAGAUGGAGAGAUCUCUACAUCUGAUGGUCCUGAUGGGAUUUUCAAAGACAUACUGAAGCUGGACAAGAAAACUGGAUCUCUGACCAUCAGGAACAUCAGAUAUGAACAUGUUGGUGGUUAUUGUCUAAAAAUCAAGAAUAGCAAAUCAGCAGAUCGUAUCAGAAGAUUCAUUGUUUUUUACAUGGAGGAGAAAGUGACACUAAUGGAGGGAAAAACAGCUGAUUUAAAGCAUUAUUUAGAAAUACAGAAGGAUGAUUAUUUAGAAUGGAGGUUCAAAUCUCUGAAGACUAAAAAAGAGUCUACCAUAGCUGAAAUCAAAACUGGACGACAGGUCCUUAUAUAUGCUGGUCUUGAUGACAUUUUCAAAGACAGACUGGAGCUGGAUGAGAAAACUGGAUUUCUGACCAUCAGGGACAUCAGACCUGAACAUUCUGGGGAUUAUCAUCUAAAGGUCACGAAUAGCAGCUCAGAAGUUAAUUGGCGAAAGCAUUAUGUUUUUGUCGUGGACAAGCCCAUAAAAGUCACAGAAGGAACGUCAGCUGUUCUACAGAGUGCUGCAGAAAUACAGAGAGACGAGGUUAUAGAAUGGAGGUUUAACACGGAUAAGUCUGCCAUAGCUAAAAUCAAAGACGAGCAGAUCUCUACAUCUAAUGGUCCUGAUGGGAUGUUCAAAGACACACUGGAUCUGGACAAGAAGACUGGAUCUCUGACCAUCAGGAACAUCAGACGUGAACAUGCAGGGAUUUAUCAACUAAUUAUCAAGAAUAAGCGUUCUGCUUUUUUCGACCCUUUUUUCAAUAAUGAAAACGAAACAAGACAGCAUUUUCCAUUUCCUGGUCCUGAAUGGUUAUUCGAAGACAGAUGGCAGCUGGAUGAGGAGAACAUCGAACCUGAAGAUGAUGAAAACGAAACAAGACAGCAUUUUCCAUUUCCUGAUCCUGAAUGGUUAUUCGAAGACAGAUGGCAGCUGGAUGAGGAGAACAUUGAACCUGAAGAUGAGGAGACUGUGACAUUCAUGGAGGGAAGGACCGCUGUUUUAAAGACUUCUGCAGAAAUACAGACUGAUGAUCAUAUAGAAUGGAGGUUUAACAAUGAGUCUCCCAUAGCUGAAAUCAAAACUCAACAGAUCUCUACAUCUGAUGGUCCUGAAGGGAUUUUCAAAGACAGCCUGGAGCUGGACAAGAAAACUGGAUUUCUGUCCAUCAAAAACAUCAGUCAAGAACAUGCUGGGUUUUAUCAACUAAAGAUCACAAAUAGCAGCUCAGCAGCUUACUGCAAAACAUUCACUGUUAUUGUCAAUAAGGAGAAAGUGAAAGUCAUGGAGGGAGAAACAGCUGUUUUACAGACUUCUGCAGAAAUACAGAAUCAUGAUCAGAUAGAAUGGAGGUUUAACAACAAUAAGUCUCCCAUAGCUGAAAAUAAAACUGGACAGAUCUCUACAUAUGAUGGUCCUGAUGGGAUUUUUAAAGACAGUUUGGAGCUGGAUGAGAAGACUGGAUUUCUGACCAUCAAGAACAUCAGUCAACAACAUGCUGGCAUUUAUCAACUAAAGAUCAUGAAUGGCAGCUCAGCAGCCUGUGUCAAAACAUUCACUGUUAUUGUCCGUGCUGAAAUCAAAACUAGACGGAUCUUUCCAUUUCCUGGUCCUGAGUGGUUAUUGGAUCGCAGAUGUAUUAGAAGGGAGCUGAAAAAAGAAACUGAAUUAUCGUCCGCUGAGAACAUCAGGCGUGAACAUGAUGGGUUUUAUCAACUAAAGACCAUGAACAGCAGCUCAGCAGGCUAUGUCAAAACCUUCCAUAUUUGUGUCAAGGAGGAGAAAGUGACGUUUGUAGAGGGAGAUACAGCUGUUUUACAGAGUGCUGCAGAAAUACAGAAACGUGAUCAGAUAGAAUGGAGGUUUAACUAUGACAAUCCCAUAGCUGAAAUCAAAACUGGACAGAUCUUUCCAUAUGCUGGUCCUGAUGGGAUUUUCAGAGACAGGCUGGAGCUGGAUGAGAAAACUGGAUUUUUGACCAUCAAGAACAUCAGACGUGAACAUGCUGGGGUUUAUCAACUAAAGAUCAUAAAUAGCAGCUCAGCAAUCCGUGUCAAAACAUUCACUGUCAUUGUCAAUGAGGAGAAAGUGAGAGUGAUGGAGAGAAGGACAGCUGUUUUACAGAGUGCUGCAGAAAUACAGACCGAUGAUCAGAUAGAAUGGAGGUUUAACUAUAAGAAGUCUCCAAUAGCUGAAUUCAAAGAUGGACAGAUCUCCACACCGAAUGGUCAUGUUGGGAUGUUCAAAGACAUACUGGAGCUGGACAAAAAGACUGGAUCUCUGACCAUCAAAAACAUCAGACAUGAACAUGCUGGGUUUUAUCUACUAAAGGUCACGAAUAGCACCGCAGGAGUCCAUGAGAAAAGAUUCACUGUUGCUGUCAUUGUUUCCAAAAGAAAACAAGUGAAGAACUUAGCAAUUGAAGAAACACCACUUUUACAUGACGAAACACCACUGUUGCAUGAAGACGAUGUCAUAUUCGAGAACGAGAGGACGAGUUCACUUUAAUGAGAGAAGACACAAACACCAGUGUCAAUCGCUGUGACAUCAUUAACGUUUAACUCUCCAGCUACGUACAAAUCAUAUCUCUGUUUUCUGAUCUUCUAUUAGCCAUCCUUUGAUAUAUUAAAUAAAAUAUAU